AUGCUUAUGUUGGUAUCUACCAAAAACCUAAGAAGCAUUUGGUAACAGGGUACUCAAUUAAAGAUUAUCUCUAAAAAUCCUUUAUUUGAGUUCAUAAUAAAAAUGAUCACAUCAAAAAUUACUACACUUCUCAAAACACUCAAGUAAGUCUAAAUAAGAUUAGUAUGA